UAUUACAUUCAGUUUUAACCCAUCAGAGACUCAUGAAUAUAUGCAGCUGUCCAUUCAUAUUCAAAUUCACAUCCCACCUAUUCAUCCAUCCACUCUCCCACCCCCAGACUCCCCCAGGAGCCUUCCCUACCCCUUUACCUGCUCUCUGGCCCAGCCAGGAAUGUAUAUAUGGGCAGCUUCCCCUCUCAGCCAGAGGAUGUGGGGGCCCCAGCUGCCUGGGGCUGGGAAGCAGGCCAGGGUUAGCUGAAGCUGGCUGACUAGCAGUCGGGCGGUGCCAGGGAGAACCUGUAUAGUGCCAGGUGGUGCCUUGGGUUCCAGGCUGAGCCCAUGACCCCGAUAACCUUCUGGCUAGGCACAUACCUGCCCCUCACUCCACCCCAUUCCCACCUUGCUAUCGGAGAGGGGGCACAGGGCCAGUUAGACCCACAGGACUUUGGCUCCAUCUCCAAAAGGGCCUUCUGUGAGUCAGCCUGCUCCCCUCCAGGCUUGCUCCUCCCCCACCCACCUCCUGUUUCCGAUGCACGUACAGCCCAUGCACGUACAGCCCCAGCCCGUACACACCGUGUCCCAGGACAUCCCACAGUCAGCCGCAUGGCUCCCCUGGGCCCCAGCCCCCGGCUCCCUCUGUGGAUUCCGACCCCUGCCCCAGGCCCAGCUGUGCAAUUGCUGCUGUUACUGCUCCUUCUGGUGCCUGCCCAUCCCCAGAGCCUGCUCUGGAUGCAGGGUACUCCCACCACGGGAGGAGAUUCAUCUGGGGAAGAUGAUCCACUUGGUGAGGAGGACCUGCCCAGUGAAGAGGAUAUACCUGAAGAGGAGGACUCACCUGGAGAAGAGGACCUACCUGGAUUGAAGACGGACCCAGGAGAAGAGAAUUCUCUGAAGUUAGAGGAUCUACCAACUAUUGAGGCACCCAGGGACACUGAAGACCCCCAGAAUAACGCCCACAGAGACGAAAAAGGAGCUCCCUUGCCACUAGCCCCUUACCCUCUUUCAGAGCUAGACGAAGAGACGAUAAAAAGGGACACGGAGAGAGGGGAUGGCCACAGUCAUUGGCGUUAUGGAGGCGCUCCGCCAUGGCCCCAGGUGUCCCCAGCCUGCGCUGGCCGCUUUCAAUCCCCGGUAGACAUCCGCCCGGAGCUCACUGCGUUUUGUCCAGCCCUGCAACCCCUGGAACUCCUUGGCUUUGAGCUCCCGCCACAACCAAAACUGCGCCUGUGCAACAAUGGCCACACCGUGCAGCUGAGUCUGCCUUCCGGGCUGAAGAUGGCCUUGGGUCCCGGACAGGAGUACCGGGCCCUGCAGUUACAUUUGCACUGGGGGGCCGCGGGUCGCCCGGGCUCGGAACACACGGUUGAUGGUCACCGUUUUCCUGCCGAGAUUCACGUGGUUCACCUCAGCACUGCAUUUGAGGAAUUUGACGAGGCCUUGGGGCGCCCAGGGGGCUUGGCCGUCUUGGCCGCCUUUCUGCAGGAAGGCCCAGAAGAAAACAGUGCCUAUGAACAGCUGCUGUCACAUUUGGGAGAAAUCACUGAGGAAGACUCUGAGACUUGGGUCCCAGGAUUGGAUGUAUCUGCACUGCUGCCCUCUGACCUCAGCCGCUACUUCCGAUAUGAGGGGUCUCUCACCACACCCCCCUGUGCCCAGGGGGUCAUCUGGACUGUGUUCAACCAGACAGUAAAGCUGAGUGCUAAGCAGCUCCACACCCUCUCUGACUCCCUGUGGGGACCUGAUGACUCCCGGUUGCAGCUGAACUUCCGGGCUACACAGCCUUUGAAUGGGCGAAUAAUUGAGGCCUCCUUCCCUGCUGGCGUGGAUGGCAGCCCUAGGACUGUUGAACCAGUCCACCUGAAUUCCUGUCUCGCUGCUGGCGACAUCCUGGCCCUGGUUUUUGGCCUCCUCUUUGCUGUUACCAGCAUCGCCUUCCUUGUGCAAAUGAGAAGGCAGCAAAGACACCCAAGUGAGACCAAAGGGAGUGUUAGCUACCACCCAGCAGAGGUCACAGAGACUGUUGCCUAGAGGCCUGCCACUUGGAGAAUACUUAGAGAAGCUGGUCAGAGGAAUCUGAAGGGCAGCUGAAGACUGUCCUGUUCAUUACACCACUUCCUUUUAAACCUCCAAAGAUAUUUUUAAAAUUAAAUAUUUCUAAUAAAACCUGUGGAAAGCAAAUCCUUGUCUCCUAAA